UCUACGGCGCCACCAGCCAACGACCGCUCUUCGCCGCUGGGGUACGUUGGCGCCAGGCUCUCUGGACCCCGAGUCCCUCGUUACAGAAGGCGACGCUGCUCCUCGGCUUAUGUAACAGAUAUCAGGGUGAAUUCCGGAAACCACGAUCGCAAGUGGCGAGGUCCGUCGAUACUUGGGUCAGCGAAGGAUCCAGAGGAACGCCCCCACCGGUGCCUGCCCGCGACACCAUGCGGCUGCUGCUCGUGCUGGCUCUGCUGGCGGCGCCCGCCUUCGCACGCUACGACGGCGACCGCGCCGGCUACACUUAUGACGACGCCGCCUACACUUAUGAGGACGCCGGUGGCCGCUACGACCGUUGCCGCGACGCUGCGUGGUCCCGGCGCGACUGCCUGCCGACGAGCCACAACAGAAUCGUCACCAGUCGUCCUGACAGGUGGGCAGCCAAGUCACGCGUGCGGAUGGGAAACGGCGGCUGGCGGGCGCUGCCUGGAGGCGCCGCGGAGCUGCACUGCCUGUUCCCAGUGCCGCUGCUCUCGAACGUGGUGUGGACCAGAGUGGACAGGUCGGGCAGCUCGAGCCGCAUCCACAGCCAGGGCCACCUGUGGCCGCGCCCGCUGCCCGGCGGCUCAGCCCUGCUGGUGGACCGCGCCUCGCCGCUCGACGUGGGCCUCUACCGCUGCCUCGCCACCGCCCUGCACCCCCGCUCCGGGCCCGUCACCGUCUUCCAGGACGUCCACUUCCAGCCCUACUUCUAACCACCUCCGGACAGCCCAGUCCAACGCUGCCGAACCAGAGAACCGUUCUGACUUCACUGAAGCAGUCGCUAUGCUGGGCUAAAUGCUAUGUGGUGCUGCCAAUUACUAACGUCCCUCUGUUGUCACUCUGUCGCGAAGUUUGCUUCAGCUACUCACUGCCUCGAAAUCUCUACUAAACAUCCUGGGACUAUUAAAAAACAAACGAUGAAUUACAAUGUCGUUGUGUGUCUAGUGAAUGGGCUCUUUCCGUGAUGUUCACACCAGAAUUCUCAUAGUCGGAGCUACUGAGCGCAUAUGAAGUUAACGUCGCCGCUUUGCGCUAAUACUUGUUUAAUUUUAGCUGCAGAGAUCCAGUGAAGUAGAGAUUCCAUCACCAUCACCCUGGACAUCUACUUGCCUGUUCUUUAAGGGGGGGUAGGACGUCAAACGUGCCGACU